UUCGCGAGGAAGUGGAGUGCAUCUCAGCCGGACUCCGAAUCCGAACACGUAUCCACCGUCCGACGCCGGCACAUGCAGACAAACCUCAUCUCAUCCACUCGGCUCGGGACAUCCCGCGUCUUUUGCAAACCUGUUGCUUGCUUGCGGCCCAUUUACCUCACUUUUGCCACCAGUCCCCGUUCUCCGAUCGGUACUAAGCGACUAGGUGACAACGAAAAUUAAUUAUUCAAAUAAUAAUAACUCGAGUGCUCAGUGCAGUGAACUGUGCUAACUAGAUCGGAAUAACUCUUCCAUCAGCUAUGUCGGACACACAAGAGUACGAAUCCAAGAUGGACAUUAACGCAUCCAGCACGUCGGCAUCGCCAAGAACGCCGCCGAACUGCGCCCGUUGCAGGAACCACCGCAAAAAGAUCGCCCUCAAGGGCCACAAGCGCUACUGCAUGUACCGCACGUGCAAGUGCGAGAAGUGCCGGUUGACAUCCGAGAGGCAGCGAGUCAUGGCCAUGCAGACGGCAUUGAGAAGGGCCCAAGCCCAAGACGAGGCCAUGAUGAGGAACGGGAACCCGGAGAUCGGGAUCCUGGACAAGAGUCCGUCGCCAUCGAUGAACACGGCGGAGAGAAGCAUAGAUUGCGACUCGUCGGCCUCUUCGCAGUGCUCCAAUCCUCCCACCGGGGUUGUCAGGAAAAUCGUUCCUACUAUUGCUAUUCCAUCUACCACCACUGCUAAUCUCGGCACAGUUGGUGAGUGCCAUUCUGUUUAUUCUGAAUAUAAAGGUGCGUUGCAAAGUAGCAGGUCUAUCGAAACGCAAUGGGCCCUUAGAAGAGCCCGAAUUCACGACGAAGCUCUGAUCAGAAAGCGAACUAGCGAAAUAGCGGAACUGAGGAAAGGUCUAGCGUCGCCGUUAAUAAAUAUCGAGCGUAGCUAUGACUGCGAUUCGUCGGCUUCAUCACAUUGUUCAAAUCCGGCACCGAUCGACGACGGAAAAUUCAUACCUAAUCUACCUGUUCCUUCUGCCACGAAUUUCGGCACCAUCGAGUUUGGAGAUCGCAACGGUGCUGAAGGUUCCAGAUUAGAUCCCAAUCCGUGCUACUCACUGAGAUCUUCUAACGAAGCGCGACGUGAACCCACCUGUAUUAUUUCUCCCUACCGUGGUGGUAAGGCCCAAAGUACAGAUUUGUUAGAAGAUUGCCAGAAACUACUGGAGAGGUUCAAAUAUCCAUGGGAGAUGAUGCCACUCAUGUAUGCCAUUUUGAAGGACGCCAGAGCGGAUCUAGAGGAAGCUUCCCGUCGAAUUGAUGAAGGUAGAGGAUUCGAUAUUUUAUUGGAUCUGUGUCACAGAAUUCGAGAAAAAUUCGAUUUGUCAUGGAAGAUGAUUCCCCUAGUGGAUACAAUUCUUAAGUAUUCCAAAGAAAAUCAAGAAGAGGCCUGGAGACAAAUUGAAGAAGCAUUCCUAUACAUAAAGGCAAGGGCACUGGCAGCGGCGGCGUGUUACACGUACCAUCCGAUGCAGUACACUGGAUUGUAUUCAGCAACGGAGGCCCUGUAUCAGCCGGUCUACAUGCCGCCCUUCUCAAUGUACCACGCCGCCCCCGCAGUCCUGCCGACGGACCUCGGUACCUGCACCACGUCACCGCCCUCGAAAUCCCCACCGGCAGUUAACACCCCAAUUAGUACCGGCAGUCGAGCGUGAUAAGGUAGGAACAUUCAACAGUACUUUCCUUUCUCCUAUCUGAUUUUUUUCUCUGAGCUAUUCGACUGGUAGCUCCGUUUUACAAUUGGAUCGACUUUGUUGACGCACAAUUUUAUGGUUUUUGUUUCAUUAAACAAAUCGUAAUUUAGUAAAUAUUUCAAUUCUUCCACAACCACAUUUACACAAUAAGCACAUUCGCAAUGCAGAUUUUGAAUAGUUUAUUUGCAAGAUUAUAUAAAUAAAGCAAAAUAUAUAUAGUAUUUAUAUACUUUAAUAUUUAUUAUUUUUAUAAGUUCUCACUAUUUUUCUGAAUUUCUUUUAAAUAUACUUUAUUUUUUAUAUUUAUUAUUUCAUGUAUUUUUUAUUGUAAAUAACCAAUAACAUUUAAAUGACAAAUACGAAGCUAUUUAUAAAAACACAACAAUUUUCUUUUUUCAAAAUACACAACACGUCACUUUUAGAAUUAAGUUAAAUCACAAUCUUUUAAAAUUUUAACAAACAUUAGAAAUUGAUUGUGUUUUGGAUGAUGCUUCUCAAAUCCAUUUCAUAAUUUUGUGCGUUUACAUUCAACAUUUAUCUUCAACAAAUAUUAUUUGUUUUGUCAUUUCAUUAUGUAGUUAUAGGUUUAAGUUUUUUGUGAAUAUUCAAUGAAUAAUAUUAUGUAAUGUGAUAAUCUAUGAAAAGUGAUUUAUAAAUAAGUGAUUUUUUCAUUUUAAGUUUUUAGAUUAUGCUAUUGUAAGCUUGUGUAACAGCCUUAUUGAAACACAUGUAAAUAUUUUUGUAAAAUAUUUUUAAAUUAACUUUAAGAAAAUAACGCAACGUUGAUUUGAAUUUGUUUUAUGAAAACUUUAAUUAGUAUAAGUUUUUGAUUAGAAAUUAUUAUUUUGAAUAAAUUAAUUUAGUUUUA